UGAGCUAUCGUCGCUUCCUCUCUCUCUCUCUCUCUCUCUCUCUCUCUCUCUCUCUCUCUCUCUCUCUCUCUCUGGAGGCAUUCAGCCAGUCUCUGGAGUUAGGACAGACUGAAGCAGAGAGCUGCUCGGACACUCAUCAGGAUUGUACAGGACAGCGUGUGAAUUGUGCGCUGUGUGUGAGACCUAAGCGAUGUGAGUGUGAGUGUGUCACACCGAGAAGCAGCUUUUAUUCCGAGCGCUCGAGCGAUCAUGGGACUAGCAGACUAAGUCAACGACUCGUUACUUUCUCAGUGUGAAUCGACGCACUAAAAGGAAGUCGGCGGGGUUUAGAAAUUUUUUUUCUCUCUCCUGUCUCUCAAGCAUCGGCCGCGUAAUUCCCCACACUCAAAUGCAGAUUCGGGUCUGGGACACAGUCGCGAGUCGUCCCUCGGCGUACCCGUCGGUCUGUGGGCGGUGCCGCUGCCCGGCAUGCUUUUGAAGCCGACCGUGCCGGGGCUGUGCGCCAUGUUGCAGACCAUCUACGAGACCGAGUCGUGUUUCUCAUCGGACAGCACGGCUGGCACCAGCAUGCCCAGCACGGUGGUGGAGGUGAAGAGCUCGCUGCCCUCGGGCAUGCAGAGUCCGGAGGCUGGAGGUGUUGGAGAACAGGGUGGAGGAGGAGGAAGCGGAGGAGGUCCUGUGGACUUGCGUACGGAUCCACGCCUGAGUGCUCUGAGCGUGAUGGACCCGACUCUGAGGGAACAGCAGCUCCAGCACGAGCUUCUCCUCCUCAAACAGCAGCAGGAGCUUCAGAAGCAGCUCCUCUUCGCCGAGUUCCAGAAACAGCACGAGGUGCUCACACGCCAGCAUGAGGUCCAGCUGCAGGAGCAUCUCAAGCAGCAGCAGGAGUUGUUGGCAGCAAAGCGUCAACAGGAGUUGGAGCAGAAGAGGAAACUGGAGCAGCAGAGGCACGAGGAGAUGGAAAAACAGAGGCUGGAGCAGCAGCUCAUCAUGCUGCGGAACAAGGAGAAGGGCAAAGAGAGUGCCAUCGCCAGCACUGAGGUCAAACUGAAACUCCAGGAGUUCCUGCUGAACAAAAAGGAACCCACCUCUGGAGGACUCAACCAUUCCUUCCCUCAGAAGUGCUGGGGUGCUCACCACACGUCCAUAGACCAGAGCUCGCCUCCACAGAGUAACACCCCCGGCACGCCUCCUUCUUACAAACUGCCCCCCCUACUGGGAUCCUACGAGGGCAAAGACGAUUUCCCACUUCGCAAAACAGCAUCGGAGCCCAAUCUGAAGGUUCGUUCACGGUUAAAACAGAAAGUGGCUGAGAGGAGGAGUAGUCCAUUACUCCGCCGUAAAGACGGCACCGUCAUCAGCACCUUUAAGAAAAGAGCCAUAGAGAUCUCGGUCUCGUCCAUGUGCAGCAGUGCCCCCGGCUCAGGCCCCAGCUCCCCCAACAGCUCUAACAGCGCCAUUGCUGAGAACGGCUCCAGCGGCUCCGUCCCAAAUAUCCACGCUGAGCAGCUGCGUUCCCUGCACCAGUCUCUGAACACAGACGGAGCGGUGAGCCCUCUGAGCCUGUACACGUCUCCAUCUCUGCCCAACAUCUCUCUGGGUCUGCCGGCGAACGCACACAUCACUGCUCCUCCGAAGCUCGGGGUUCAGCCUGAGGCGGAGCGGCAGGUGCAGGGGGUGCGUCAGGGGGGCGUGUUGGGGAAGUUUGGGAGCGGCUCGUCGGUGUCCGUGUGUCUGGACUCAGAGCCUCCAUCUGCCCCAAACAGCCACAGCAGCCACAGCUCCCUACUGCAGCACGUCCUCCUGCUGGAACAGGCCCGGCAACAGAGCGCGCUGCUCGCAGUGCCCAUGUACGGACAGUCACCGUUGGUUACGGGUGAACGAGUGUCCAGCAGCAUGAGGACGGUCAGUAAACUGCCUCGUCACCGUCCUCUGGCCCGCACGCAGUCGGCUCCGUUACCGCAGACCCCACAGGCACUGCAGCACCUUGUCAUCCAGCAGCAGCACCAGCACUUCCUGGAGAAACAAAAACACUACCAGCUCAAUAAGAUUCUCUCCAAAGGGGUGGAGCUUCCACGUCAACCCCCUACCCACCCAGAGGAGACGGAGGAGGAGCUUACAGAAACAGCAGAUAUGCUGGAGGAGUGGGGGGAGGGGCCUGAACGUGUGAGGGAGGGUCUAAGCAAAGAAAGUUCGGGUGAGACCACACCCCCUUCUGAGCGCGUGGUCCAGCUGAAAGGCGAGAGCACGGAGAGCGACCUUGAGGAAGAGGAGGAUGAAGAUGAAGCCAUUGAACUGAAGGAGUGCGAUGAAGAGGGCGACCCCUACAGGCAGUUCUCAGAGCAGCAGCACCUACAGCAGCUGAACGUGUUCCAGGCAUCUCUGUCCAUCACAGGAAUGCCGCACAGGCCUUUGGGAAGAGCGCAGUCAUCCCCCAUCACCUCCAGUCUUAAAGCCACUCCCAUGGCAGAAUUACCCAUCAAGCACCUCUUCACUACAGGUCUGGUCUACGACACACUCAUGCUGAAGCACCAGUGCAUGUGCGGGAACACACACAUCCACCCGGAGCAUGCAGGACGCAUCCAGAGCGUGUGGUCCAGGCUGCAGGAGACGGGGCUGCUGGGCCGAUGUGAGAGGAUCCGGGGCAGGAAGGCUACCCUGGAUGAGAUCCAGACUGUGCACUCGGAGUAUCACACACUGCUGUAUGGCACCAGCCCCCUCAACCGCCAGAAACUCGACAGCAAGAAGCUCUUAGGUCCAAUCACACAGAAGAUGUACGCUGUCCUGCCGUGUGGAGGCAUCGGGGUGGACAGUGAUACAGUGUGGAACGAGAUGCACUCUUCGGGAGCCGUGCGCAUGGCCGUGGGCUGCGUCAUCGAGCUCGCUUUUAAAGUAGCAGCUGGAGAACUCAAGAACGGGUUUGCUGUCGUCCGUCCCCCGGGUCACCAUGCAGAGGAGUCCACGGCCAUGGGUUUCUGCUUCUUCAACUCAGUGGCUGUUACUUCCAAACUGCUGCAGCAGAAACUGGGCGUGGCCAAAGUCCUCAUUGUAGACUGGGACAUUCACCAUGGUAACGGGACCCAGCAGGCUUUUUACAACGACCCCAACGUGCUGUACAUCUCUCUGCAUCGCUAUGACGACGGGAACUUCUUCCCCGGAAGCGGCGCUCCUGAAGAGGUUGGAGUGGGUCCAGGUGUGGGUUUUAAUGUGAACAUUGCAUGGACAGGUGGAGUGGAUCCUCCAAUGGGUGAUGUGGAGUACCUCACAGCUUUCAGGACGGUGGUGAUGCCCAUUGCUAACGAGUUCUCCCCUGACGUGGUGCUGGUGUCAGCCGGCUUCGACGCCGUUGAGGGACACCAGUCGCCACUUGGAGGCUACAAUGUCACCGCCAAAUGUUUUGGUCACCUGACAAAGCAGCUGAUGAAGUUAGCAGGUGGUCGCGUGGUGCUGGUGCUGGAGGGGGGUCACGACCUCACCGCCAUCUGUGACGCGUCCGAGUCCUGUGUGGCUGCGCUGCUCGGAGACGAGCUGGAGCCACUGCCUCAGUCCGUGCUUCAGCAGAAACCUUGUCCGAAAGCAUCGGCCUCCCUCGAGAGAAUCAUCGAGAUCCAGAGUAAACACUGGUCGUCAGUAAAGAGAUUAGCGCCCACGGUGUCUCAGUCUCUGCAGGACGCUCAGCGGAGAGAGAAGGAAGAAGCAGACACGGUGACAGCCAUGGCGUCUCUCACCGUGGACACGGAGCACACUGCGUCCUCCUCACAGAGCAGCAGGGCUGCAGAGGAGCCGAUGGAGGAGGAGCCCGUGCUCUAGGAGGGAAAGCGUCCCGCCCGACACCGUGGCGUCCACACCUGCUCAGCAGCGACGCUUGUCUCUGAGUCACUCGUCCUUUCCUUCCACGCAGCUCUUUGAUCAGUUCCUUCACUCGUUCUCCAGGUGCUCGAUGGCCGUACGCAGAACUCCACUCCACUCCCACCCGAGGAGGAGGAAGAGGAGGAGGAAGAGGACCUGGUGGGCCGCCAAACAUACACCCAGGAGCAGGACCCACUUUUUUUUUUUCUUUGAAAAAAAAACCGAUUUAUUUCCCGCUCCUUUCACGGAACACACGCACAGAGAGGACGCUCGGAUGUCGUCAUGGCAAUGGAGCAGAAAGUGGAAGACAAAAUAAAUACAUUUCCUGAACAAGAUGCAAAAAAAGGUUUUGGUUCAGACGUGAAGGAGCUCAGAGGUUUUUAACCGUGUUGAAACUGACGAUCUUUAUGUACACGUAAAGCACACAGACAUGUAUGAAUAUUACACAUGUACAGCUAUAAGUGUGUGUGUUUUGUAUUGGUCCGUUUGUGGAGGUGGAACCCGUGACCUUUUUCUGCGCUCAAGAAUGAUGACAUUCGGGAUGUUUUUUUUUUUCUUUCUUUCUUUCUUUCUUUUUCUUUUUUUUUUUUUUUGAGUAGUCACAUAACUAUCACAUACAUACUGAUUCACGCACAAACACACAAGAAAAAAGCACACUGAUGAUUGACUCGCUGAAUCACUGACUCACUGAUCCUGAUUCACUAACCCACUGGUUGACUCACAGAAUCACUGAUUGAUUCACUAAUUCAAUGAAUCACUGACUCACAGAUCGAUUUGACUCACUUAUUUCCCUAACUGACUCACUGAAUCACUCUCUGUGAUUCACUGACUCACUGAUCGAUUUGACUCACUUAUUGACCUAUCUGACUCACUGAAUCCCUCUCUGUGAUUCACUGACUCACUGAUCGAUUUGACUCACUUAUUGACCUAUCUGACUCACUGAAUCCCUCUCUGUGAUUCACUGACUCACUGAUCGAUUUGACUCACUUAUUGACCUAUCUGACUCACUGAAUCACUCUCUGUGAUUCACUGACUCACUGAUCGAUUUGACUCACUUAUUGACCUAUCUGACUCACUGAAUCACUCUCUGUGAUUCACCGAAACCCUGACCGACUCAGUUAUUUUGCUCAUUGACCCACUUACUGACUGACUCGCUCUCUGAAUGAAUCACUGACUGAAUCAAAUGCAAGGUGGUUUUGGUAUUUGUUUGACAAGGGAACGUGGGCCGACUCGGUGCCUUUUAUACUAGAGUUAAUGUUUAAACAUCUCACACACACACACACACACACACACACAGAGUAACACACAGACACAUACAAUAACACCUCUCAUGUUGACAUUGUUCAGAAGUUCCUCUCUGCCUUAAUCUCGUCAGGCAAAAGUGCCGAUUUCAGCCAUUUUGUUUGGAAGUGCACAGCUCAGACUCCUCCACCCGUUUCCUCUCCUCCGGUCAAAUCAGGGGUCAAAGGUCAGACCUUAUGUCGCGUCACCUCGGUGCGGCUCACGAUCACAUCGUGAUGCUUCUCCGGUUUUCUGAUGAAGACGACGACAACAAUGAUGAUUAAGAUGAUGAUGAUGAUGAUGAUGACGAUGGUGAUGAUGAUGACGACCAACUCUUGUCUUGCUUUUGUGUUUUUUCGUCCCUUGUACAAAAAACACGCUUGAUUCUUUUCCUUUUUUUUCCUUUUCUGGAAACUUCUUUUUGUUUUGUUUGUUUCUGAAUAUUUAAGUGUCUGUGGUCACUUUUAUAUGGAGAUGUUUCUCUUUUUUAUAAGAAAAUUGAAAACACACACACACACACACACACACACACAGUGUUAAUCUGCUCAGUCAAUUUAAAAUAUUCUGGAUAAAGGUGUUUAAUGUCAUGCGUGUGGAAACACAGUCGGUUUUUCUAUCAUCACACACAUAAUUAGACGUGUGUGUGUGUACGUUACGUCUUGUCACCGCGCGAUGAACGUGGCAUCAGGGUUUUAAGGGCAGGUAUCAUUUUUGUUGUUGUUUUUGUUUUUGUUCUUAUUUGGGGGAUUUUUUUUGUUCCUAAAAACACACAACACAACAGUUUUUUUUAAAAAAAAACAAAAAAAAACGUUUUUUUAUUAAACAUGCAGGCAAUAAGGUCAGACACCACUGAGACGCUACGACUCACGACUCUAAUCACAGAGCUUUAUUUCUGCUAUUAUUUUUGCACCAGAUGAAUUUUAUUUUCCUAACGGUUUCUUGUUUUCUAAGCGUUUAUGAGUGAAGUGUGUGUGAUUAUCCACUUUCUUUUCUUUUCUUUUCUUUCUUAUGUUUAGUUUUUUACUGAAACCUCACUUUUAGGCUGAUUUCCAGUUCCUCGGAUCAUUACAGCGUGUUGGGUUUUUUAGUGAAACGUCCUGCCGGUAAUCGAUCGUGUGGGCGGAGCUUCACCCGGCGCAUUUCAUUAAACACUAAUCCUUCUAAUAAGUUAAUAAUAAACACAUAAACACUGUACACUCUUAGGGGGGAAAAAGCAAGUUUUUAGUCUUUAGAACGGUUCUGUGUUCCGUUCCUUUCCGGCUCAAUAGAAAGGGUUCUGUGUGACAUGUUUUUAGGAACCUUUAACUACAUGAGGAACUGUUUGAUGAACUUGUCGUCUUUGUUGUUGCGGUUUUGUGUUUUUUUUCUCCGAGUGUGAACGUCGCCCGUCUGAAGCUUGGGGACAACUUUGCAUUUCUUUAAAUUGUUUUUGAGGGAGUUCUUUCCAGCGAGCCGAAGAUUUCCAGCACUGUGUACUAACUCGAGCUCACACACACACACUAAACACUCACACACACACUAAACACUCACACACACACUAAACACACACACACUAAACACACACACAAACAACACUCACACACACUAAACACACACGCACUAAACACACACUAAACACACACUAACACACACGCACUAAACACACACUAAACACACACACUAAACACUCACACACACUAAACACUCACACACUAAACACACACUAAACACUGACACGCACUAAACACACACACACACAGAGCCUGUUAAAAUCAAAACCAACAAAAUAAAUCAAUAAUAAUAUUAAAGAAUGAUAAUGUAUAAUACUUCAAAAACAGAUCUGAUUUUAUUGAAACAUAAAGGUUUGAGAGAAAGACCAACUUCAGAUAGUGUGUGUGUGUGUGUGUUUAGUGUAUGUGUGAGGGUUUAGUGUGUGUGUUUAGUGUAUGUGUGAGUGUGUGUGUGUUUAGUGUAUGUGUGUGUGUUUAGUGUAUGUGUGAGUGUUUAGUGUGUGUGUUUGGUUUGUGUGUGAUUAGUUUGUGUGUGUGAGUGUUUAGUGUGUGUGUGUUUAGUGUGUGUGUGUGUGUGGUGCGUGUGUGUGUGUUUAGUGUAUGUGUGUGUGUGUUUAACUCUUCUCACUUGUUAAAUUAUUUACACACCAGUUUAAAAUCUGUGUUUUUUACUCUGUUGUUUUUAGAUAUUAAUAAUAAUUAAUAAUAAUGAAUAAUAAAUAAUAAUUAAUAAUAAUGAGAUAACAAUUCAUUUGUGUUCAAUUAUUCAUUAAUAUGGAUAAUAAUUAAUUCCAUUGUUACAUCGGUUCAUUUUAGCCGUCGCCUUUUAAAUCAAAUGCCUGGAACCAAAUAUUGAGAUUGUAUGUAGUACACUAUAUGCUCAAAAGUUUGUGCACCCUGACCAUCGAACCCACACGUGCUUCAUCUGUCACCAUGUGACUCACACAGUGGUACAGAACGUCUCUGUGUGCUGGAGACCUUCUAAUAUUCCCAAACCCUGCUACAGCAGGACAAUGUCUCUGUACACAAAGUCCCUGAGCUCCAUGAAGACAUGGUGUAGAGGUGAAGGUGAACUAGUCUGUCCUGCACUGAGCCCUGACUCUGACUCAACACCACUGAACACCUCUGGGAUGAACUGGAACUGGAGUCUCCUCGACAUCUCAACAUCAGAGUCUGAUCUCACUGAUGCUCUUGUAGCUGAAUGAACACAAAUCCACACAAACACAUUCUAACAUCUAGUACAAAGCCUUCUCAGAAGAGAAGAGAAGAGAAGAGAAGUAUGGAGCUGAUUAUUAUAGCAGUGAACACGUGAGAAAUAAAUCAGCAAGAACAUGCGAGUGUGAAAGUUGGGGUCCACAUACUUUUGGUCAUAUAGAGUACAGUAUAUACAGACUCAUAUACAUUUUUUUUGUAUACAAAAGGUCUAAGUGAACUAAGAAUGGAUUAAUAAGUGUGUGUGUGUGUGUGUGUGUGUGUGUGUGUUUCUCUCAUUCCUGUCACACUUCUAUUGUUUCGUCAUAAAAUCGUUCGUAAAAUAUCGCCCGAGAGAAAAUUCCGUCACAUUAUGAGCUGAGAGCAGGCGAUGAAAAAGGCUUUAAAUACAAAGAUUCUGAUAUUUGAUGGAACACACACUUUAUUUUGUUCCCUAAUUUAAUUGCCAAUAGUGGAAAUGUAACACGAUGCUCCCACCACCAUGCUUCACUGUGAGGUCUGUAGAUUUUCAGGCUCGAGCUCAGGAUCAGACUUUUUUUCUGGUUACUAACAGAUCAUCUUUGUCGAAAGGCUAAUCGUCCCCUCGUGAUGGGUUUCUCUAUUGUACAUAAAUAUAAAUAUAAAAUGUUAAUAAAUCUUUUUACCUUUAUUUGGGGGAUGGGGAAAGACAGCGUGAGCUGAUUCCAGCGUUUGGCCUUCAGACCUGUGUGGAUCGUAUUGCAAAAGUUUUCUUGUCUUAAAAAAAAAACGACAACUCUGCAACCUCCCACUUUCUUGACUCUCUCCGCUUUAUUUAUUUGGAGUCAGAAACGAAGGGUUGCCUUUUUUUUCCGAGACGUUUCGCUUCAAAACGUCGGUUUGUAAAUCUGAAAUAUUCGACGUGUGUAGACGAAUCGGCCGGACAUUUCAUUCGCAUCGAAAAUCUUUGUAUUUGUUUUGUUUUUCCUCCUCAGUGGUUAAUGGUCGUGGUUUUGUUUUUCACUUCGUUUUCGGUGCACACGUGCCUGCAAUCACACACAGACACACACUCGCGCGGGACAGAUUUUUUCGAAACAGGGCGUGUUCACGAAGGUCAGACAGUCUUCGACGCGGCUUUUUUCGACACGCCGAACUUUAUGUAUUUACGUGUGGAAGCAGGCAGUACCGUGUCCGUGUCUCGUCGGCCUCCGCGCAUCGCUACGUGUCUCGACCCUGUUUAAAAGAAAAUAAUUCACAUGUUCUUGGGGGUCAGACGUGUGUCAGAUGGGCGGCCACGUUGGAUGUCCCUGUUUGUGUGAGAGCAUGUGAUAAAUUUGAUGAGGUGGACACUGAUGUGGAGAACUGUUGUGUAUUUUACUGUUCAGUAAAUAUGUAUAUUUAUUGAUAUUUCACGUUAUGUGUAUAUGUAGUGCCCUAAUGAUCGCUGAGGUUUAUUGUAUAUUUUCUUUUUGUUUGUUUGUUUGUUUGUUUGUUUGUUUGUUUUUAACGCGAGGCAUCACGUCCUUUCCAUCGUUCUUGUGUGUCAUCGCUGUCGCCACUCUGUGUACGUGAUUGGAGGUGUCUUUUAAAAAUCUUUGGAUUUUUAUUAACCUCUCUCUCUCUCUCUCUCUCUCUCUCUCUCUCUCUCUUCUGGUCAUAUUGAUAUGCAGAAGUUUAAAAGUGUUAUCGAAGCACAUUCCUCGAUUUUUUCGUGUUUUUUUCUUAAUGCUUUCAUGUUGCGACAAGGUGUGUAUAAUACGAAGUUCAAACUGCUACACACACACACACACAUACACACACACAUGUAUAUAGAGUGCAUAUAUGUGUACACAUGUGCAAUACACGCUAUUUGAGCAAUCUAUUACUGUGAUUAUAAUUCAUUAAAAUUGCUGUCUCUUUCA